AAUAAGACAUAACUUCUUAAGCAACAAAACAUUCAAUCAUCUGGAUCUCGCUUUCAAUUUUCCAUGGAAAAGUGGCAUAACCCUAGUUCUCCUAAGCGUCUCAGAGGAGAUACACCCAAUUCCUGGUCGGAGCUUCCUCUAGAUCUCUUGACUGCAGUGUUCGAACGCCUCAGCUAUGCAAAUUUCCAACGAGCUAAAUCCGUCUGUUCGUCUUGGCACUCCGGAUCGAGACAAUCCGUUCCCAUACAGAUCCCUUGGCUGAUUCUCUUCCCGGAAUACGACAACAACAAUUCAUGCACGUUGUUCAAUCCCGAGGAAAAAGGCCAAGUUUACAAAAUGAAAGAUCUUGGUGUUGAAUUUUCAAAGAGUGUUUGUACUGCAACCUACGGAAGCUGGCUCCUUAUGCGAGAUCCACUGUAUAAUCUCUAUAUUUUGAAUCUAUUCACCCACGAGAGGGUAAAUCUACCUCCUUUCGAGUCACAACUUGGCAUGGUAAAGAUUGAACGAACCAUAUAUGAUUGGUUUCACUCUACACUCCAUUACAACGGUAAGGAGUACCACAAACGUAUUAGAAUACUAUCCACUGUGUUUUGGAUCGAUGAGAAAACAAAAGAUUACGUAGUUAUAUGGGGACUUGGAAGUUCAUGUGUGGUUUAUUCCAAGAAAGGAGAUAAAUGUUGGAAUCAAAUUCCAGAAACUUCAAAUUGUCAUCACAUGGUUUACAAGGAUCACAAGCUUUACUUCUCUACGUCUACCUACAAAUAUGAAUUCAGAAUCUUUGAUUUCUCUAGAGAGAUUCCUCAACAAAUCUUUCAAGGCUAUGUCAUUAUGCAAGGACUUACAUUAAAUCGUCAUCGUGGUCAACCAGGUUAUCCCUUUGCUACUAUUGAUACAAAACUUGUUGUCACAGUAACUGGAGAUGUCCUUAAGGUUGACAGAAUAGUGGAGAAAGAGACUAGAAUCUGCAGAUUUUUUUACGUCUACAAGGUUUAUUCAUCGGGGUCCUAUAAGAAAUAUGAAAAAGUUGAAUCUUUGGGGGACGAGGCAAUUCUUUUGGAUCUAGGUAUCACUAUGCUCGCCAAUGACACUGUGGGACUCCUAGGAAAUUCCAUUUAUUUCAGUGGUACUCAUACAAAGUCGAAGGUCAUUAACGAUACAUUUAUCUUCAGUCUCGAGACACAGAAGAUGGAUCCAGUGCACAAGUUUGAUUGUUCAUCAGCUCAACUCUCUAGUGCUCGAUGGUUCUUACCAAGUUCACACAAACUUGAUUGA